CUCAAUCCAGGCUGCCUAAUCAUGAACAACUUAAACUUUGGUGUCUGCCUUGUCCUGGUUGGGGUACUACUGGGAUUUCAGGCAGCUAUUGCAGCGGCUGAGUUCAACUAUGGUGAAGCUCUUGACAAAACCUACAUGUUUUUCGAGGCACAAAGGUCUGGUAAACUACCCUUGGACCGGCGUGUCAAGUGGCGGGGUGACUCAGGCCUCAAGGACGGCUCUCUUCAAGGGGUGGACUUGGUAGGAGGAUACUAUGAUGCAGGGGACCAUGUGAAGUUUGGGCUGCCAAUGGCAUUUAGUGUCACAAUGCUUGCAUGGGGAACUACUGAAUACAGGAGGGAGAUCACCAAUUUAAACCAAAUGGGUCAGACUUUGUCGGCGAUCAGAUGGGGCACUGACUACUUCAUCAAGGCUCACACACAGCCGAACGUUCUUUGGGGACAGGUUGGCGAUGGGGACUCUGAUCAUUACUGUUGGGAACGUGCAGAAGACAUGACAACUCCUAGAACAGCUUUCAAGCUCGACCAGGAUCAUCCAGGCUCUGACCUUGCUGGUGAAACUGCUGCUGCUUUGGCUGCAGCUGCAAUAGCUUUCAAGCCUUACAACUCUUCUUACUCGGAUCUCCUCGUAGUUCAUGCCAAAAAGCUUUUCUCAUUUGCAGAUAGAUUUAGAGGUCUAUACGAUGAUUCCAUCCAAUGUGCUAAGCAGUUUUACCCAUCAUCCGGUUAUUCGGAUGAACUAUUGUGGGCUGCCACUUGGCUAUUCCUAGCAACUGGUGAGGAGCAGUAUCUGAAGUAUGUUGUAGACAAUGCUGUCUACAUGGGUGGAACUGGAUGGGCUGUCAAAGAAUUCUCUUGGGACAACAAGUAUGCUGGUGUGCAAAUCCUUCUUUCUAAGGUAUUAAUGGAGCAAAAAGGUAGUGCAUACACUUCAACACUGAAGCAAUAUCAGGCCAAAGCAGAUUACUUUGCCUGUGCUUGUCUGCAAAAGAAUGAUGGCUAUAAUGUCCACCUGACACCGGGAGGUUUAAUGUAUGUUCGUGAAUGGAACAAUAUGCAAUAUGCCUCAGCUGCGGCAUUUCUUCUUGCUGUCUACUCUGAUUAUCUCUCUGCAGCAAAUGCCAAACUCACUUGUCCUGAUGGCCAAAUUCAACCUAUUGAAGUUCUAAAUUUUGCCAAGUCACGGGCUGAUUACAUUCUUGGCAAAAAUCCCAAGUCUAUGAGCUACUUGGUUGGUUAUGGACCAAAAUAUCCAAUUCACGUCCACCACAGAGGUGCAUCAAUAGCCUCAAUCUCAGUUCUUCCUUCGACAGUGAGCUGCGUCCAAGGGUUUGAGGACUGGUACCGCCGCCCUGAAGCAAAUCCUAAUGUCAUAUACGGAGCUCUGGUGGGAGGACCUGACCAGAAUGAUAACUUCAAUGAUGACCGUUCCAAUUAUGAGCAAACGGAGCCCACACUUUCUGGCUCUGCGCCCCUUGUCGGCCUCUUCUCUAAGCUGGAAAGCCUAUUUGGAAACAUAGGUCCGUACCAGAAAGAAUCAACAACAAACCAACCAACACAAGACGACCGUCACCAGCAAACACCGGUACCUAGCACAACAGCUUCAGGUGUCCCAGUUCAGUUUAUUCACUCAAUAACCGGUGCAUGGAAUGUUGGGAAAACAACUUACUACCGACACAAGGUAACAAUCAAGAAUACAUCUCGACAGCCAAUAACAGAUGUUAAACUGUUGGUGGAAGAUCUCUCAGGGUCAUUAUGGGGCCUCUCACCAACCCCAGUCAAGAACACCUAUGAGCUUCCGCAAUGGCUUGGAGUGUUGAAGCCAGGUUCGGAAUGUAGUUUUGUCUACGUUCAAGAAGGACUCCAAGCCAAGGUUUCAGUUCUGAGCUACCAAUACCAUUGACACCAGCAACACUUCAUGCCCAAAUAAUAUAUAUUUGUAUACACCUUUGGGUAGGCCCUUAAA